AUGUCUCUCUCUAAAGCUUGGAGUUCAGCUGUAACAGCAUGCAGCAAUCACAUUGGCGAUACUGCCACGUAUGUAUUGUUUGCCACUAUUGCGUUAAAGGCCUCUGCAACAUACAAUGCCGUGUUAUUCCACGAAGCUGCUAAACGCGGAUGGUGGAAGGAAUACCGUAUCCAGCAAAAAUAUGUCGACACUGAAAUCACAAACAAGGCCGUUGACGAGAAAGUCGGAAUGAAUUCAAUUCCUUCCUUGAUCAUGCUCGUGGCUCCAUUCUCAGUCCUACAAUACAAGAUCUUGCAAUACGCUUAUGGAUUCAACAUCCACAAGAUGCCAACGAGCGCCUUAAAGUUCUGGAAGGACUUUUUGCUCUUGACCGUUGCGUGGGAUGCAGCCCUAUUCUUCAUCCACUUUGGGCUUCACAAGAUCCCAUACCUUUACAAGACCAUUCACAAGAAACAUCACGAGUUUAAGGUUGUUGAGGUAUCCGUUGGAGGUCACUUGACGCUCAUUGAUCACUUUUUAAUGGACCGACUUCCACCCUUGAUUGGCAUGCUCGUAGCGAAGCCAGACUUUGCUCCAAUGAUCGCCUUCCUUGCCUUCUACUACCACAUUGCGUCAAGGGCACAUUGUGGAUAUGAAUUACCGUGGGACCCUCUUAAUUGGUUUAUGCCAUACGUCCGUAACCACGACUACCACCACGAAAACACCCACUCAAACUACCAAACUCUAUUCUUUUAUCUGGACUAUAUUGUCGACGGCUUUGGUAAAGGAAACCGAAACUUCUGGAAAGUUACUGCCGACCGAAGGGAAGCUGCCAGACAAGGAAAACUCGUCGUCGAGAAACCCAAGUUUGUAGGCACAGAAGAAGACGUGCCAGAAGAGUUGUAA